UCAAAUAUCGCCGCUUGCGAAUUAUAACCCAUUGACGACCGAUUUUAUAAUAAUAAUAAUUGUAUAUAUUAUUAACUAUUUGUUUAUUUAAUAUGGCUGAGAAAUUGGAGGACCUGAAUCUGCCACUUACAGUCGUCGGAAGAAUAGUUAAAGAGGUUCUACCCGAGGGUGUUUCUAUUUCAAAAGAAGCCCGGACUGGUUUAGCAAAAGCUGCAUCUGUUUUCGUACUAUACGUGACAUCAGCUGCAACGAACACAGUAAAACAUCAUAAACGAAAAGCUUUAACAGGUCAAGAUGUCCUGGAGGCCAUGGCUGAUAUCGAAUUUGAACGGUUUGUGGAACCACUACGAGAGGCCUUAGAACAAUAUAAAUUAGCCGUUUCUGCAAAAAAAUCAGCCGGUAAGAAGAAAGAAGACGAUGACGUAGAGAUGGUAGAAGAGGAAGGUUAAAAUGGUGAACAUGGAAAAUGACUAAUUGUGAUACUGGGUGAUUUUAGAAGAUGUGAAGCUGUGCAAAUUGGUGAUUUGUUAAAUAUAAGCCUUAACUUUGAUUUCUUUUGUAAAUUUCCAUGGCUUAUGUGGAAGCAAUUACUAAUAGAAUUAUCAAGUGAAAUAAAAGAUUGUGUAAAAUUAUUUAAUGAUUU